GAUUCCUUUAUCGCCAUGGGAAGAGAGCCCUUGACGCUGAAGAGCAUUCAGAUAGCCAUGGAAGAACUAUCCACUGCCAAGCCCCGGGCCCUGACACUGACUCAACACAGCUGGGUGCCGUCGCCACGGCUGAAAAGCAGGCUUUACAACAAGGCCUUGAAGGCUGAGCAACACCUUGGGGAAGUGGAGGCUGCCAAGAGCCGGAGCCAGGCCUCCUUCCCCAAGGUGGGCACCAAGCCCGAGGGGAAAGCUCAGAUUCAGCUGGGCCCUGAGGAGAGGCUGCGGACCCAAAAGAAGCGGAUCCCUGAGAAGCAUGGAAAGCCAGACAGGAAGGCUGGACAGGAGGAGGUCCAUUCCAAUGGAGAGAAGCACCGGGACAGCCAGGUGGAGAAGAGCUCUGGGGAGAUCAUCAGGUGUGAGAAGUGUAAACAAGAGAGGGCCCUUCGUAGCACUCAGCAGCAGCAGAGGCUUGCAGAACUCUCUCUGGGCAGCAGUGAGCUGGACUUGGGGAAGGGCCACAGGUAUAAUCCAGAAAGGAUGGUGAGGAUGAAGAGCUGCCGGGGACCACUGAGGGGGAAUUCUCCAGCUGGAGAGGAAGUCUGGUGGAAAGGGGAGAGCUGGAGGAACAGCCCCAGGACACCCAGCCUGGAGCUGGAAAGACCUAACAAAAUGAUGGAGAAGAAAGAGAGAAGGGACUUGGAAGUCCACGAGCAUCCUGGGCCAGCUCUGGCAGCAGCAGCUGCCAGAGGCAAGAGGGAAGGCAUGGAAGCUCAGGCCAACCCAGAGGGUGCAAAGAGCAACCCGAGGAGCACCUCCAGACCUAGGCAGAACGGCUGGCUGCUUCGUGAACGCCAGGCCUCAGUGGAGAGGGCUCCGAGAAGCCCUGACCUGGAGAAGGAGGAUAGGGAUCAGAAGGGCUGUCUCCAGGGAGGCAGGUGGAUGCCUCAUGGGGAGGGGCCUCUGAGCAAGGCAGACAAGGAGGCGAAGAUGACUGCGGAGGAGCCCAAGCUAGGCCGAGCAGCGGGUAAGAAGCCGAGACUGGCCAACAUUAACAAGUCAGAUGUGGAAGCUCAUUACGAGGUUGGCAAGGUCAUCGGGGAUGGGAAUUUCGCAGUGGUCAAGGAGUGCAGGCACCUGCACAGCCAGCGGGAUUAUGCCAUGAAGAUCAUCGAUAAAUCCAAGCUGAAGGGCAAGGAGGACAUCGUGGACAGCGAGAUCCUCAUCAUCCGCAACCUCUCUCACCCCAACAUCGUGAAGCUGCAUGAGGUGUAUGAGACCGCCACCGAAAUCUACCUGAUCCUGGAGUACGUCCGCGGCGGGGACUUGUUUGACGCCAUUGUUGAAAACGUGAAAUUCACUGAGCACGAUGCUGCUUGUAUGAUCACAGAUCUGUGCAAGGCAUUGGUGCACAUGCAUGAGCAGAAGAUUGUCCACCGAGACCUCAAGCCGGAAAACCUCCUGGUCCAGAGAAAUGCAGACAAAUCCAGCACCCUGAAGCUGGCUGACUUUGGCCUCGCCAAGCAUGUGGUCAAGCCCUUAUUUACCGUGUGUGGGACGCCCACCUACGUGGCCCCGGAAAUUCUCUUGGAGAAAGGGUACGGGCUGGAGGUGGACAUGUGGGCAGCUGGCGUGAUUCUCUACAUCCUGCUGUGUGGCUUCCCUCCCUUCCGUAGCCAAGAGAGGGACCAGGAGGAGCUGUUUGCCAUCAUUCAGCAGGGCCACUUUGACUUCCUCAGCCCAUACUGGGACAACAUCUCAGAGGCUGCCAAGGACCUUGUGAGCCAGCUGCUGGUGGUGGACCCCAAGAAGCGCUACACGGCCCACCAAGUUCUUGAGCAUCCAUGGAUCAAGGCUACUGGGAAGGCGAGCCCUGUUAGCUUGCAGACAGAAGUAACAGCUGCCAGUGAGCUCCCCUCCCGGAUCCAGGGCAAGAAUGCCCUGCAAGGAGACACAUAAGGGAGAGCAGCUUGCUCUGUGUUUGUGAGCAGCCU